AAAAAGGGUUUGUAGUUAGUGCGACGAGUAACGUAACUUAUAAAUCAUAGUACAUACAUUCAGAACCACAAUAAUAAUAAACAAACAUUUGGAUAAUAAUAAACAAUGAAAUAAAAAGGAACACAAAAACAAAACUAAAUAAGCACAAAAACGAAAUACCUUGAACAUAGAGGCACUUUACAUUAAGCAUUUUAACGCGCGUGCCCACGCUUUGCGUUUCUAAGAGGGCAAAUUACAGACAAUGGCGGGCGAACAGGUGUGUGGUUUAAAAAAAAUUAAUAAAUUAAUGUGGACCCAGGAGUUAGUGGAGUUGUUGAUAACGAAAUAUCAACAAUAUGAAUUUUUGUACAAUACUUCACACCCUCAUUAUGCAGAUAGGGUAAAAAGAUCAAAUGCCUUAUUUGAAAUCUGCAAGGAAUUAAAGGAGGUGGAUAAUAAUAUAUCAGAGGAAUGUAUAAAAAAGAAAAUACACACAUUGCGCUCACAAUAUGUCAAGGAGCUCCAAAAAGUUUCCUGUAGCAAAAAGAGUGGUGCUGGUGCCGAUGAUAUUUAUGAACCAAAACUUUGGUGUUAUUCGCAGCUGCAAUUUUUAAAGUCUUUUUGCUCUGUUCGGGAUGGGGAGUCAAAUAUUCCGCAAACAGAGAACCUGGCCACAACUACAGAGGAGUUAUACCUGGCGAUACCUUCUCCAAAAGCAAGUCCAUCUUUAUCCAGUCCAUCUUUAUCUAGUGUGACUUUACUCAGUCCAUCAGAAAAUCAUGUUCCAAGGAAAAGACAAAGACAAACAAAACCAGUAAAACUUGAUGGGAUUCGAGAAAAAAUAUUUAGGAAAUUGGAUAAUGAACCAAAAUGUGACUGGCUCGGCAAGGAAGUAGUGGCGCAGCUGAACUACAUCAAAAACGAAAAAAUUCAGCAAAGGACAAUAUGGAAAAUCCAAGAUGCGCUAAGAGAAGGAAUAAUGGAGGAUGAGAAGAGUGAUGACGCCAAUUCAGAAGACUAUUCAGCAUGCUCUUCACAUGUAGAAGAAUUAGACUCCACAAGUACUACUUCCAGCCCAAUGCCCAGAACCCCAGACAUAUUACAACUGUCUAUAGAUCGACUGUUUGAUGAUGAAAGCAACAAUUAUUUUAAGUUUUAAUAUUAUAUACAAUUUCAAAAUUUAAAUGAAUAAAAAAAAUUGUAACACAAAACUUAACCAAAACAAAAACCUUUAAAUAUUUGUCUUUGAAACAACUCCAAAUAGCUUCACAAACUUCAGGGACUGUAGCGGAAAGAAAAGAUUCUGAUAAUCUUGUUUGGAAAUUGGUACUCCUGUAAAAUUCUCCUGUAGCAAGAUAUCGAAGUGUUGCUGCUAAUUUUUCUGCAGGAGAUAUAGAUUUUCUUAACAAUGUAUCCUGUUUUCUUAUGCUGCCUUCUAUAGUCUGUAGGAUGUAGUUAAAAGUUUCACAGUCCAUCCGGAUGUACUGAUAGAAAGACAAUUCAUCAUUGCCAAGUUCCUUCAUAAGAAAAGGAAACGACCCCAUAUUUUCCCGCUCAUUCCGCCAUGGUUUCACCCAUUCCCUUCUUCUUCUUUUGUUAGGCAUGUUUUCGGCUUCUUCAUA